AUGAGGUCAGUUGCAAGAGCCCGCAUGUGUCUGUUACAUGCAACUGGUGAAUUAGGCUGUGGGGCUGGCAAAGGUGGCGGUGGUGGAGGCAGCAUCCGUGAAGCUGGAGGUGCCUUUGGCAAACUAGAAGCUGGUCGGGAAGAAGCUUACUUUUACAAAAAGCAAAAGGAUCAAUUGAUACACUUAAAGAAGCACUUGGACGACGAAAUCAGCCAUCAUCGCGAAUCUAUCAAACGGCACGAAGACGCAAUUAAACGCCACUAUAGGAAAAUUGAGGAAAUUGAACAUCACUCUAAAUGA